AUGGCCGACCAGAAGAAGACAAGUGAAGACGACCGAAGAAAGAGGAGCCGCAGCUGUGCGGAUGAAGACGACCAAGCAAUCAGGAACGACGACAGGUGGCUCAUUCUGGAGAGGACAGUGGUUUUGGAAAUAAUCCAAGAGUACUGCACCUUGAACUCCAAGUGCAUGAGGUCUCGUUCCCUCUCCACCAACAACAAGUCGAAGCCUCCUUCAAGCAGCGAGUUACUGGACAAACUACGAGAGGAGCAACGAGAUAUUGCGGAUAACAAACUGAGAUUUGAUAAGCGCACCUUCCAAAGCCAGUCGAGGUCCAAUGCUGCUAUAAAGCAUCUAUGCUGCAAGUUAGGUGCCGAUCGCGAAAGCAUGAAUCUCCGUUCAGAUGACGUGUCCCUAGUGAUUGGCCCUCUAAAAUAUACACUCGAAGGCGUAGCAACCGAGGAUUGUAACUGGGAUGCUGGUUUGGGCGAAAAAUCUGGACGCAUUGUUCCAUCUGUAAAAUCAAUCAGUGGAAUGGACGGCGAUGACGUGAUGUUUGUGCUUGUGGUGGAGAGUUAUUGCGUCUAUCAUGAAUUGGUUCAAGCAAACUUCCAUAAGACAUACAGUUGUUGUUUAAUUAUGACAGGUAAAGGGAUGGCUGAUGUGAAACUGAGACUGUUCGUCAAGUAUGUUAUGGAGAAGCUUGAAGUUCCAGUGUUUUACUUAUCGGAUUCAGACCCCAACGGCAUUGAGAUUACUACCGUAUACAAAUACGGUUCGGCAAACAUGGCCUACGAUGCCGAGAAUGUGGCAAAUCCACACAUUGUCUGGUUGGGCAUCUGGUCUACGGAUUUGCCCGAAUAUGAAAUACCAUAUUGGGAGUGA